UCAGACGUGGUCCGAUGCCUGGCGCGUCCGGUCAGAAGCCAGAGCGAGGCACUCGGGUUCCGGGUCGCUCCAACGAUGGUUCUAAGGCGGCUGCUGGGCGUCUUGCUGCACAGCCCGCAGCUGGUGGAGCGCCUGUCCGAGUCGCGGCCUAUCCGGCGUGCGGCGCAGCUCACCGCCUUCGCCCUGCUGCAGGCUCAGCUGCGCGGCCAGGACGCGGCCCGGCGUCUGCGAGGCCUCGGGGCCGGGCCCGCGGGUUCCCUGGGCCGCCGCGCUGCCCGCUUCAGAGACACCUUCACUCAGGAGCUCCGCCGCGGCCUCCGGGAGCGCCCGGGGCCACCACCAGGUAGCCAGCGGGGCCCGGGAGCAAAUCCCUAAUCCGGGCCGAGAUCGCCCCUCUCCCUUCUGGCUGGACACGGGCCUCGGCGCUAAGGAGUCAUCCCCAGCCCUGCGCAUGGCUUCUACUCCUGACUCCUGUCAGCCUGCAGAGGUCCACGCAUCAGAGAGCCCAGGCCAGACGGACAUACCCGGUGAGCCCUGUGAUCGGACAGGCCGCAGUGUGUGAAGAAAGCCCGAAGCCUAACAGAAAUGAAGAUAAGCGAAGCCCUGACCCAUCACCACCUACAGAGAGCCAUGGACCAUGCCACAGCCCGAAGGAGAGCCUGGCCUCUGCGUAUGAGACCGAAACUCCUGAUAGAUGCUGCUGCCUCUGCACGGAUGUAGUAGGGCACUGCUUCCAGCGGAGAUCAUGGAUGGAAAGACAAACCAGUAGAAGCCAAAAUCCUCUGAUUAAAUGUGUGAGCUGAGAAAUGGG